UUUCAUCCAAGCUCAUUCUUCUCCUUCUUGCUUCCUUUCAAGUUUCUUGGAGGAGGCAAGUUAUACCUUCUGCGUUUUUCUCUUUUCUCGCAUCUCCUGCUUUUUUAUUCUCUUCUAGUUACAAAUGGCUGCCUCCAGAUGGUUGAAGCCCGAGGUUUACCCUCUUUUUGCUUCAGUUAGUGUGGCCGUUGGGAUCUGCGGCAUGCAACUAAUCAGGAACAUCACUACCAAUCCUGAAGUCAGGGUACUAAAAGAGAAUAGAGCAGCAGGAGUGCUCGAGAACUUCGCAGAGGGUGAGAAGUAUAAGGAACAUGGACUAAGGAAGUUUCUCCGCAACAGGCGUCCUGAGAUUAUGCCAUCUGUCAACAACUUCUUCUCUAAACCAAACUAACCAAUUAUUCAUUCAUUCAUAAUUCGAUUCCUGAGAGAUUAGUUUUACGUU